CUCCUGGGGUGUGGUCUCGUGACGCAGCUGCUGCUGGUUCAGGAAUAACUAGGAGGAUGAGGAAAGCCUAGUGUCUGUUUCCAGAGCCCAAGAGAAGAGCACCUGGGACUGGUUUUUCAAAAGGGAUGAUGUGAAAGUUCAAAAUGCCAUGUGUGCUGAAAAAUACACCAGAUGUUGUGCACCUUUGCAUGUUCUCCAUAGCCUUCAGUAGGCAAGGCCCUCAGCUCCAUAAGUUAUGAAGUACUUACUGGAGAUAAUAGAAGGAAACAGGGAACAGCCCAGACUAUCUGUAGCAUCAGGCAGACAGACCCCAGAUCCAGACAUGGCACCCUGUGCAGACCCUACCUGGGGUAACUGACACUGUGGGCAUUACAGUUUGUGUGGGAUUUUCCUAGAAGUAAGGAAGUGUGCAUUAUUUCCACUGCCAAGAAAAAGGAUCUUUAUACAGAACAUGCUGCUCUGCUUCAGGAUGAGGACAAGGACACAGCAGUGGGAUUGGCAGGUGGAGCUGUGGACAGACUCCUCUGCUAUGACAAGCUGGCUGAAUCUGUCUGCAGUGCAGUGCACCUCCAACGCGGCGCAGCUGCUGCCCAGCCUGUGCCCAAGGGCCAGCAGCCAGGCAGUGGUCACCAGCCCCCGUGUGCCAGGCUGGGUGGGGGCACUGCUGCAGCCUGAUGCGUCACCAGUUUGUCACCCGUGACCGCAGGGGCCUCACUGUAGCAGCAGCUUCCUUCCUUCUCCACGUGGCUGCUGCACUGGCUCCUUGCCUUUGUCGUUCUGUGUCUGGGGAGGAAAGAUUGCUCUUCCUUAUCGUUCACGUGCUGGGAAUUCACAGAACACUCCCAGGUGUGGCGAGUGCAGACUGAGAAAGUGUCAAGUGCCCUUCUCAGAUCCACUUUUGCAGUGUUCCAACCCAGUCCUCCCCACACCAACCAUGGGAUCCCUGCCACCAGUUCGUAUCUCCUGUGUGCUUGCUAACAGAGCUUUCCAGAAUAUGAGAAAAACUGAUUUUGCUCUGUCUCUCCUGGGCUGUGUGAUGGCACCUUAUCCAUCCAUGCUCAGAAUGUUUUGCUGUCUCCUAAAACAAGAUUGUUGUUUUGAAAAGUUGUAUUAUGAUAUUACAGAUACCCAAAGCAGAAGUAAGGGGCUGCUGCCGCAUUCACCUUAGGUACAGAUGCCUGGUCCUGCAUUGUAUGAAGGACAAGACUUUUCCUGCCACUGUUCCAAAUCAAAUGGGGUUUCCGCUCUGCCACACCUCUGACAGUGGUCACUGAGACACUUGUUUUCUGAUAAAGAGGAAGGAAAAACCACCAGCUGUUGUCCUGGAUGCUCAGAGACACUCAGUGACAGAGUGAGCACAGGCAGGGAAGUCUUCCUGAUUUACCACAGCUUGGGGAAAGCGGGUCAGUCUGGCUGGAGUGGGAGCAGCUGUGCCGCUGGCAAGGAUGGAAACGCUGCUGCGAGUAGCUGUGCUCGUGAGUUCCCUUCUCCACUGCAGCGCUUUUCUGGACCUGAGUGGCCCCAGUGAGGUCAGAGGUGUCUGGAGGGGGUCUAUCACUCUGCCUUGUGCCUAUGUGCCUGUGGAGGACCUUGUGCAGCAAACCCUCACCUGGACUGUGGUACAUGACAAGGGAUCAGGCACCAUCAUUCGGAGGGAUGGCUCUGAUGACCACAUUCUCCUGUCAGAGUACAGGGACAGAGUCAGCAUCCCAAAGGAUGCUCCAGGAAAUGUGUCUCUCCUCAUCCUGAACCUGGAGGUCUCUGACAGGGGAACCUACACUUGCCAGGUCACCUGGAAAGACAGCAACAACAGCCUGAUAGCAAAGGAGAUCACCACCAAAUUGGAGGUUGUUAAAGUGGCAGCCACCAAGCCCAUCAUCAGAGCCGGACAGCUGGGGCUGACGGUCCCGGCCGGAGCCAGCACCAGCCUGACCUGCGAGGCCAGCGGGUCCCCUCCCAUCAGCUACCGCUGGUUCCGCAGCGUCCCGGCGGGGAAAGCCGUGUUCCUGAGCAGCGGGGCUGAGCUGGCGUGGCACAGCCUGCGGCCCUCUGACAGCGGGACGUACUUCUGCGAGGCAGAGAACAGGGCUGGGGCCGGAGCCGUGCAGCGCAGCGAUGCUGUGCAGCUGACGGUGACAGAUCUGCCCACAACAACAGUGGCCUUGCAGAGGAAUGUGGCAACCACGGGGGGACACCACUCAACCACAGGAAAAACACAAACAGAGCUGGUGUCCCAAGGUACCCCAGGAAUCUUCUGGACUCCAUGGGGCUCCACCACUACUGCAGAUCUGCCCAUAACAGCAACAACUUCCGAGAGUGGUGUGGGAUAUCCAGGGAAGAAUGAUACAAUUCAUGAUUUCCAGAGGACUGGCUUGUCCCUGUACCUGGUCAUCCUGAUUGCUGUGGUGUGUGGUGCUGUGGUUUUCCUUGUCAUCUCUCUUAUUAUUUGUGUUACAAAGCCCAAAGAAGCUCAAGUCUAUGACGUAAAAUCCCGUAACUUGAGAGCAGCAACUUCUUCAAGCCGUGAUAGCACAGGUUACUAUGAGGAACCCAUCUCUUCCACUGAAAACAACUAUGUGAUGGAGCCCAGGGAAAACAAAAUCUCUGAAGAAGUAAAUAAGAAUGUAUCUGACUGUGCUGGAAACCCCCAGGAAUCUGAGUAUGAAGUAGGGGACACUUCCUGAGAACUAACAGCGCUCUGCAGAUACCAGUCCUCAGGAGUACCUUCACCCAGACAAAAUACUUAUCUUUCUUCACACUUUUGCCCCUGACAGAUAGGUUGGACAAGCAGUGGUUGCUCUCCCUUCACAAUCCCUGCAGCAAAAAUGCAGAUCUCAUCAGGAACUUCAGUUACAGACUCCUGUAUAGAACUUCUUAUUUUGUUUUCCUUGAGUCCCUCUCACCACCUCUAUCCAAGAAAGCCGUUUGAAAGCUGUGGCAUGCAGGUCGCAGACUAGGAGCACUGUACUAAACUUAAUGCUUUAGAUGGCCAAAAGGAUCAGCGUUUCCAGCCUUCAUGGGGUGGGAGGAGAGCCAGCACCAAGGGCUGCUCAGCAUCCCCAUCCCUGUGGGUGAGCAGGGGAGGAUGUGGCUGGCUUGGGAAUUGAUGGUUCUUCUCCUGCCCACCUGAUGCUGCACAGGUUUUAAUGAAUGAGAGGUCUUUUAGAAACACUGGAAGGCAGAUUAAAGCCAAGAGAAACUCAGGAGCCUGCCAUGCUAGGAGAAGCAGUGCAAGAAGCAGGAAUGUCCCAUACAGUCCUUGUGCUGCCCUUGAUCCCCUCCCCCAGCACUGCAGCAAGGUCUAGGCACACUGGCCAUAGCUCUGGGUGGUUCUGAUACUGCAACUAGGCUCAUUCUUUCUGAACUCCCAUUCUCUGUUCUCUCUUUAAAUGCAUGAUGGAUAUUUGAAAGAAAUUACAGACUUUUCAAUAAAUCUGGGGUAGGAUUGCUUACACAUGCCUCACAUAUUUUGGUGUGUGUAUUUCUGCACCACUGGCUCAUUUUGGAAUGCCAGCAAGCCACUCACAGCUCCUCAGUAGAUACUCAGGAAGUACUUUCCUCCCAGCUUAAAAGGCCUGAAGGGCAAGUUAUGAAUAAUCUCUACUGCCCUGAGUAAAGCUAUCAUGCAGAUUUAUGGAAGAACCUUUUUAUAAUGAACAGGGCAAUCCUGUGUCCCAUUAAAAGCCAUGCAGACAGAUGUAAAACAGAGGAAGUCACCUGAGGGAUGAGUGGGACACUGGUGGCACAGGAUUAAUGGACCCCCAGCUGUGCUGCUCACACCCAGGACAGCUCUGCAUCUGCAGAUCUCUCCAAGCAUCAGUUCAAAACUCACCAGAAUUCAAAGGGAGUGUGAGGUGCUAAUGGAAAGGUAUUCCAGUCAAAUAACAGGAUUGUGGUACUGUAAAACCCAUGGACUGUCACUACCUUAUGUAGGCAUGUUGGCCUCAUCUUGGGUUUAGCAGAGCAAGAAAAGUUACUGAGAAAGAUUAUAAAGAAUAAUUAUUGGUACAAAACUACAUCUGUGCAAACAGUCUCUUGGAAAAAGGAGAAGAAGAAGCAAAUGAGCAAAGUGUGCUCAUGGGGGUCAGGGCUGAGAAGGUGAAGGGGCUAUUUGUUUACAGCUUCUCUGAAAAGGAUGCAGAAAUUAGUGAUAAUUGUCUGGUAGCACUUUCAAAGGGCAAGGAAAAGUACUUCUUUGUAUGCAACACAGAAAUAAAUGUGGAACACAGCUGCUCACCUGUGACUGAGAGCCAGAGGUCUAAUGGGAAAUUAGAGGAAAGAAUGAUUUAAAAGUUCAUCAAAAUGCACAAACCACCAGGCACACUUUCCAGGCACUUAUCAGUGACCUUAUACUUUCUCCCUGCAUGUUUCUGUGCUAAAAGUUUUACUUCUCUUUGUUAAGAAUGUACUUAAAAAUCAAGGGCAGGGACAUUCUUGAUUUUUGAAUGAAAAGGGAAUGCAUGGCAGCUGCUGGUGCUGUCAUGGAGAAAACUACCAACAUGUACAUGUAACUUAUUGCAGAUGUGGAGAAAAUAGGUGUGAGUGUGUGUUUCUCAUGCGAGUGUGAGCUCAGAGGAGGUGGGAAGGGAAUGUGGCAGAUGCUGGAGCACAGCUCACCCAUCUGAGCUUAGCCUGACUGCUGUGCCCACUGAAGGGGCAAUAUGGCUCUGGCCACCUGAAAUGACCUACAGUGCACUUCAUCUGAGGUGUCAUGGUGUGGCCUGAGCUCCAGCCUGAGGAGAAGGGAGCACUGAGGGAAGGCAGAGGUGCAGAGACAAAGGGCUUCCGACUGAGGGACAGUCACAUUGUGGUCUGAGCUCUCACAGCUGAAGCCCCAUGGAUAAUGGCUGCCAGGAAUCCCACAGCUUGCCCCAAAAUCAUUCAAUUCCAGCUGCACUGCAAAGCCACAGGCGAUGCAGCCCCACCAAUGUGGAUAAACGGUAGUGUUAUCCUGGCUGGACAGCUAGCACCAGGAGCUGAUGCUAUUAAAUACAGCUGUUGUAAGGCAAGCUCAUGAAACUGAAAAUAAAUCCAUGAGUUAUGGUC